AAGAGAUUUACCAUGUUUGCUAAAAAAUAAUAAAAAAUACGUAGCUUACUAUUGCAUCUAGCUGUCACUCAAUCCUCUGGAGAGCAAUGCUAAGCCGCGUAAUUUUUAUUAUUUUUUUGUAAACUUGGUAGAUUACAUUUAUAAUAAAUAUUAAAAAAGCAACGAUUGGUUUCCAAAUUUCCUUGACACAAUUCUUUCUCACUGUUUCAGUUUAAUCAACACUUUUCAAUAACAAUUGAUGAAAAGUAAUUGUUGCAAGUAAUUACAUCCGAGGAGCAUAACAAAAGCAACAAUUCAUGUUCAUCCCUGAGGACUAAAUUCGAACAAGAAAAUCUGCAUUCAAAAAUUCCAUGAAUUACCGCGCGGAUUGAGGCCCACCCCACCUGUCAAAAUCAGCUGAUCACAUGAGUAGUGAGUACUGCAGCUCCUUAUCGAUCGAUACACGCGAUUAUCAAAUAAACCGGUGCUUUCCAAAAAAAAAAAAAAUCACAUUUCAUCACCUCAAAUCUGAAAAAGAGCCCAUAACCUAUCAGCAACAAUAAAUAAACAAUAAUGAUUAAAAAUUGAUCUCCCAAUGAGAACAACUAGACAGUCAUACACCGGAAAGCACAUCGCAUCAUACCUUUCAAUAUGGCUGCGCAAAUCAAUAAUGAGAGUAACUCAUCAGAAGACAGAGAAAAAUUCACAACUCCAUCGACUCCACGUCCACAUCUGUACAUAAAUCACAAGUACCAAUUUCGAGAAUCAAAAUACUAGGAUAAAUAAUAUACGUUCGACUAGUGUAACGAGUGUAAUCAUCAGAUUAUCAAUUAAAAGAAGAAUAUCCAAGUGAUUAUGAAGAAUGCAGAGAGAAUAAUUGAUGGUAUAAAUAAUUAUUUCUCAGAGAGCAGUUGGAUCUAGUGCAGGAUCUUGUUGAGAUGCAGAAAUGACAGAUGGGUGACAUUGAUAUCAAUUUGACGAGUGAAAAUAUUAUCGAGUCAUAUUAUAUUUUUAAAUAGAAAAUACAUUAUGAUAGUAACAAUACACGAUUGAGGAAGCUAAUUUAGCGUCCAUUUACUAUGGACUUAUUUCUGAUGCUCAUUCUGGCUGUGAUUACAUUCAUUUGUGGUAUAAUAUGUACCCUGGUCGUCGAAUUUUAUAUAUUGAAGAUUUAUGUAGAGUCAGCACCACCAGCAGAACCACCAGGUAAACCACCUCCACAGGGAAAAGCCGAAUUACCUGAUGAAUUGGCCAAGGAUCUCAAUAAGGAGAGACAACACACCAGUAGACAGAAUCUACAGGGCAAUGAAAAUUUGGCUAUUAAUUUGACACUUCAGUUUUUAUUCAAUGAGCUGAGAAAUGCUGAGAGGGUCAGGUUGUGGAUGUACAGAAAAUUGAAUAAUGAAUUUAAGGAGCUACUCACACAGACUACCACUGGGAGACUCUUUGAUAGUGUUCAGUUACGUGAUUUAGAUCUUGGCACGCAGUUUCCUAUGAUCAAGGGCCUCGAAGUUGAUGAUUCCGUCAUAAAUCGAGACACUGGACUGCUCGAGACUCUUGAUCUAUCCUUGGAUCUCCACUACUCCGGGAACUUUCAACUGUCAAUAGAUGUAAAAAUGUUACUUGGAAAGACUGCCUACUUAUCACUUCAAGUUAAAAGAGUCAGUGGAAGAGCUAGACUCCAGUUUACUCGAAUUCCGUACACCCACUGGUCUUUGAGUUUUUACUCGGAUCCAGUACUCGAACUGGAAGUUCAAUCUCAGUUUCAAGGACGGCAAUUGCAGCCCCAGAUAAUAUCCCUUAUCACAGGACAGAUCAGACGGGCAAUUAGAAGAAAGCACACAUUACCGCGAUAUAAAAUGCGGUACAAACCAUUUUUCCGUCGACUGAACGAUGAGGACAUUGAUUUAUCAGAGGUUGUGACGGCUCAGCUGACCCCUGGUCUCCUGGAAGUUGGUUUGAUAGAAGUAGGAAGACUGCAUCUGCCCCCGACGAUAUUUCCCACAGAAGAUUUACCUCAGGUCGACAUUUACUGCACCAUCAGCGUGGAUUCCACUCCCUGGGUGUACCUCACCCAGUACGGAGGUGUUCCCUACAUGGUUCUGGACCUAAUAAUCAGCAAACCAAACUCCCACCAGCUUGGUGUCGUCUUCAAGCAGGAAGUCAUUCCAGAAAUUGGUCAGAAUUGCGUCGUAGUCGAGACGAUAGUCUCAGGGAGUCCAGCAGCAAUUGCAGAGAUGAAAAAGUCUGACAUUCUCGUGGCAGUUGAUGGCAAGAGGAUUUCCAACAUGACACAAGUGGUAAAACUCGUGAAGAGCGCAGCUCAACGGAGAUUUAUCAUCAGAGUUGAGAGAAGAUACACGAAAUUUGAUAAUGAAAAGCCCCAUAUUAAACCAGAAGUUGAUAAAACAUUGGUAAAUGCUGAUAAGAAAAUCAAAAAUGAAUUGAAUGUCGAGAGUCAAGUGAAGUUCUCGGAUUUGCGGGAGUGUGGGGAUUUCGAGGGCUCGGAUAAGUCUGAGGGUGGAAUUAAACUAUUUAGAAGACGAAAGAGCAGUUUUCAGGUGUCUGAUGAUUUUGUUCACAUUCCUGACACCCCGUCCAGAAGGAUAUCUACUACUUCCACUCACUCUACGUCCAGCAAUCCUGUUGUCAGUGGUGAUGAUUUUAUGGCACCCUCACUCACUGAUUUGUAUUCGACUACCAGAGAUAAAUCUUAUGCAUCGUUGAUAAAUUUCGAGGAGACCAGAAAUUUUCGAAUCGAUAAUGAAUUGCAGUACUUGAAUAUUGGGGUCUGGGCCAAGUGUCGAGGGAGGGAGGGACCACCCAAAAUUAUUGGGUACAUCAAUACACCGAUUAAACUUAUUCUUGCUCAGUGCUCUACUAAUAAUACUGGGCAUUACUUGAAGUGCCAGGCCCUUUUGCCACCUGAUACAGCAUCAAGUUUCAACUCGAAACUGCAGGGAUAUUCUGGAUUUGAUCCCACUCUUUGCUAUGGAGAUAUCCUUUUGUCCUACGACUGGAUAUCCAGCGAACCUCAAAGGAGAAACACAAAUGCUGAUAUUAAAAAAGAAACUGGAACACCGAAGCAUGUGCCACAUGUCAGUGAAGUCACUGAUAAGAAGCCACAUGAUUUUAUUCGAACGCAUUUCCAUCGAGCCACGCAUUGCGAUUUUUGCUCUAAAAAGAUCUGGUUGAAAGAUGCAGUGCAAUGCCGCGACUGCGGAAUGGUCUGUCACAAAAAAUGUGAAUUACGUUGUCAAUCAUCUGGUAAUUGUGGUGCUGAGAGUCUAGCAACAAUGGCCUUCGAGGUAGAGGAAGCAGAAGCAGCAGUUAGCAUUGGUGGUGAUAUGGGACCCGAGAUAUCACUCACCAGUUGCGAAGAAAACGUUCAGGGAAUGAUGGCAGUCAAGGCCAGUAUAGCAAAUACACUGCUGGGAUUGAAGAAAGCCGGAAGUACCAGUUGCCUAGCACCACCGACUUCACCAAGUGGUGGAGGAUCUCGAAGUCUACCCCCAAGUCCCUGCUCAUCCCGCAAGAAUUCACUGAUUGGAGGACUUGGAAUAAGCAGUGAUUUAUUGGAGGGUGCAGAGCCAAGUGUCGCAGCGCCUUUGAUUUCGGGUGAAUUAGACGAUGGUCUUAUGUCACGUGCUAAAGAAACUGGGAAAUUUUUAUUCAAAGACUUACAAGCCGAGGAAAGAAUUGAUAAAAUCAAUUCCAUGAUGGGGAAAUUGAAGGCGGCGCUUGACGUAGAAACUACCUCAAGACUAGAACUAUCUCACAGCACUGACCUUGACAGUGUCAAAUUGAUAACACAAAGUGAUCUUCGAGUACAAGGACUUUCAGUGUUAUUAUUGCAUUAUUGCGCCGGUUUACAACAUGCCCAAGAGCUCAUCAAUCGGCCUGAAGUCAAAACCGACUCACAAGAUACGAAAAAAUAACAAUUGAGACGAAAAAUUAAAAAAAAACACUAAUAUCCGUUGCCUUAAAUUAUUUUUAGCAUAAAUAUCAACAUUAUGGUCAAUAUUCGUGGCAAUUACCAUAGUGCAAUUUUAAAAAAUAAAUCUGCUGCCAACUCAACUCUUGCCGUUUUUGGUAUUAAUUAAUUAAACAAUUAUUUGCCAUUCAUUUUUUAAUGAAUUAAUGUAGUUACGCAUUUUCGAUAUUUUUGCUUGGAGAUUAUUGUACGAAUUUAUACUAAUGAUAUUUCGAAUAUUACGUCUGCACAUGUCAAUUUUAAUGUAAUACUUGAUAUCAUAAUCGUGCACCGACCAUCAAAGAUUAUAAUUGCAUUAGUCUAGGGAGAAUUAAUCAAAUUAAAAAAUUUUGAAGUAUCGCUUGAGUUGAGGAUAAUAGGGGUAUGGACACUUUUUUUAAUUUGACUUCAAUUUUAUGCAAAAAGGAUAUAUAAACACUUUCCGAGGGGAUACGAUAUCUCAGCGAUUCUGAUGAUUUUAAGGUUGUUGUCGCGUAGAAUUUUUUUUCGACAGUUUUCGUUAAAAAUUUUAUGGUGAAUAGUUUGAAAAAU